AUGGGUAUGGAUUGGUUAGCGUCAUGUUAUGCUUCAGUUGAUUGUCAUUCCAAGCUUAUACGUUUUGAUUUUCCUGGAGAACCAUGUUUAGUGUGGAAAGGCAUAACUCCUCUGACUCAGGGAAAGAUAAUAUCCCAUGUAAAAACACGUCGAAUGAUUAAUAAUGGGUGUUUGGGUUUUAUUGCUACUGUUCAUGAUACACGCUUAAAGGAUGUUACUAUUGAUAGUGUUCCAGUGGUUGUUUCCUUUUUGGGACAUGUGGUGUCACGAGAUGGGAUUCAAGUUGAUCCAAAAAAGAUAGAGGCAGUUCGAUAUUGGCCUCGACCCACUACUCCUACAGAGAUACAUAGCUUAUUAGGCCUAGCCAGAUAUUAUAGAAGGUUUGUUGAGGGUUUCUCAAAGAUAGCCACUUCAUUGACUCGAUUGACUCAGAAAGGUGUAGCAUUUCAGUGGUCAAAUGAGUGUGAAGAAAGUUUUCAGAAAUUGAAGACCGCGUUGACUACAACUCUGAUUUUGACACUACCUACAAGUAAUGGCAAGGUAGUAGCUUAUGCUUCUCGGCAGCUAAAGAACCAUGAAAAGAAUUAUCCAACUCAUGACUUGGAAUUAGUUGCGAUCGUAUUUGCACUUAAGAUCUGGUGCCACUAUCUUUAUGGUGAGCCGUGUGAAAUCUACACUGAUCACAAGAGUCUGCAAUACAUACUCAAGCAAAGAGAUCUGAAUCUGAGGCAGAGACAGUGGUUAGAAUUACUUAAUGAUUAUGAUCUUACUAUUUUAUAUCAUCCCGGGAAGGUCAAGGCUCGUCAAUUUGAAGAUUCCCAUCUUGCUAAAAUCCGAGAUCGAGUGAAAAAUGGCGGCGUUAAUUCAUUUGCUAUUGAAAGUGAAGGUGUGUUACGUCGACAUGGUAGAUUGUGUAUCCCCGUGGUAGGUGAUGUGAAGCAGUUGAUUCUCGAAGAGGCUCAUAACUCCCGCUACUCUAUCCAUCCAGGUGCUACUAAAAUGUAUCAAGACUUGCGUGAAUUGUACUGGUGGAAAUGUAUGAAGUAUGAUAUUCUGAAACAUGUGACUAGUUGCUUAAAUUGUCAUCAGAAAUAUGAUUCAGUAUGGGUGAUCGUGGACAGACUCACAAAGUUCGCACACUUCAUACCAGUUCGAGUUACUCAUACUGCAGAACAACUAGUAGAAAUAUACCUCCGUGAUAUAGUUCGGCUUCAUGCUGUGCCUAUUUCUAUAAUAUCAGAUCGGGGUGCACAGUUUACUACUGAGUUUUGGAAUUAUUUUUAG